AUGGCGGAAAGCGACCCUGAAAACUCCUCAAUACCUUAUGACUAUUCUUCACUCGAGUCCGAGUACCACAUUCGCAUCAUAAGGCUCGAGCCGUCCCUAGAUCGUCACGCACCUCUUCGCUUUUCUUUUGAGCACGGUAGACUCGCGGAUUUGCAGCACAAUUAUGAGGCCAUAUCGUAUACUUGGGGCGAUCCAAGUUUUCUGCAUCGGCUGUACUCGGCCGUCGACAAUACCUUUCUUGGGAUCACGAAGAAUCUGGACGCAGCCUUACGUAGGUUUCGUGAUGCCGUCCACGUUCGUUUGCUGUGGGCCGACGCUGUCUGCAUUAAUCAGUCAGAUGACGAGGAGAAGGCAUUUCAGAUUCCUCUCAUGAAAGAAAUAUAUCAGGGGGCUCGCCAGGUGUUGGUCUGGCUUGGAGGUGGUUUCCAGGAGGAGGCUGCUGUCCGUUUUCUUUAUGCUGCCUCUAGGAAACCUCGGGAUCCACUUCCUACAUCAGAAGAAUCUAGGACCAUCGUGCUAAGACAACUAUUUGCCUUUUUCAACUUACCAUAUUUCGGUCGUAGGUGGAUCAUCCAGGAAAUCGUGCUCAAUCCAGACUGCAGUCUAUACUGUGGAAGGGCUGAGAUAUCUUGGAUACGCUUCAUGGCAGCCAUAGAGUCCCUCAACAAUAUGGCAAGUGCUCUUAAAACUCUUUCGGGGGUUCCCUUCGAAACACUAGAGACUCUGUUCUCGCUGUGGCAGUUUUGGACGCGACUACCUUUCCUUGCCAAAGAUGGACAUCGGGACAAGAACGUCCGUAAGAUUCUCACCAUAUUGAACAGAUUUGACGCGUUCCAAUGCUCAGAGCCUCGAGAUAGGCUCUAUGCUCUC